AUGUCGAUAGACACCCAGGGUAAGAAGAUCGACCAGUUAUUCAAGUCGCUAGGAGUAUGGGGCAGUUACCAGAUCCUGCAGAUGGUGUUGGUUAAAUCUCUGUCCUUCCCUGCCUGUUUUCAACUUUAUAUCUACAUAUAUCUAGGUUACCAGCCUCCGUUGCGGUGUCAGUCCGUCGUGAAUAUGACGUCCCAGUCUCACAUAAACCCGACACCCAACAUCAGUGUUGACACUGCCUAUCACAAGACGUGUGUGGAACUUAAAGACUACAGCAAUGGCACUAUGACGGAGACCGGACGUUGUCGCUCGGGCUAUGACUACGAUUUACACAAAUAUUCCACCCUCGUCACCGAGUGGGACUUGGUGUGUGACAGGACCUAUCAAGCACAGCUGACUCAAACCGUUCUUGUCAUCGGUCAGGGUGUAGGGGCUACUUUUUUCACCUCUCUGGCGGAUCGAUUCGGACGAAAGAAGAUAUGCUUGAUCAGUCAGUGGAUUAUGCUCUUUGUCAGUGUGGGCACUGCCUUCGCCCCAAGUAUUCUCGUCUUCACUCUCAUCCGCUUCGUUCUAGGCGCUGUUCAACAGGGCCACGUGAUGUCUAUACACGUGAUGCCACUUGAGGUACUGCCCAGGUCGUGGAGAGCGACCAUCCACCUACUAGGCGACUUACUAUGGACAUCUUUUCUCUGUGUGCUGGUCGGAUUGGCUUAUGGCUUUAAGGAUUAUAACUGGAGAUACUUUCAGCUCACCACGGUGUUGGCCACUGUUGUCACUCUAAUACCAAACAUGUUGUUCUUAGACGAAUCUUUGAGAUGGCUGCUGGCGAACGGAAGGACGAAGGAAGCCAGGCGUAUCAUUAAAAAAGCGGCCAAGAUAAACGGUAUUCACCCGGAUGACAUCAAAGAUGUGGCAGAGGACUGUAUGUCCGAGUCCAUAGUCCUCCAUGCUUCUCAAAACAGCCUAAACAAACAUGCCGACAAGAAAGACAGGAAGCCCAACUUAUUGGAUAUCUUUCGGCACACAAGACUUCGAAGGACAGCUUUUAUUGUGCUUUUUACUUGGAUCGUCAAUGCCGGGACCUCUUUCGGCCUCUCCUUGACAGCGGCCAAACUCUCUGGAGACAGAUUCAUGAACUAUUUCCUCAUCUCAGUGGUCAAUCUACCAGCUGCAAUCAUUUCCUACAUUGCCAUGCAAAGAAUCGGCCGUAGGACGACGUGUAUCGUGAGCCACUUCAUCGCAGGAUCCGCCUUACUUUCAGCGGCCCUUAUCAACACAUACUUGGGUAAGACAAGCCAACUUCCCUCCACCACCCCCUAUCCCCCCACGCGACCCCACUCCAACGUGUUUCACGCGGCAGGUCCCUCUAGCUGGGUGACGGGACUGACGGUGGUCGGUAAGUUCGGCAUCUCCAUGUCCUGGGGAACACUGUCCCAGUACACCCGGAACUGUAUCCGACCAACCUCAGGUAAAACAAGCCAACUCCCUUCCACCACCACCCCUCACCCCACCCUACUCCACUCCAACGUGUUUCACGCCGCAGGUCCUUCCGGCUGGGUGACAGGACUGACAGUGGUCGGUACGUUCGGCAUCUCCAUGUCCGGGGUAACGCUGUUCCUGUACACACCGGAGCUGUAUCCCACAAAACUAAGCACACACCAGAACUGUAUCCGACCAACCUCAGGUAAGACAAGCCAACUUCCCUCCACCACCCUUCAUCCCCCCACCCGAGCCCACUCCUACGUGUUUCACGCGGCAGGUCCCUCUAGCUGGGUGACAGGACUGACAGUGGUUGGUAAGUUCGGCAUCUCCAUGUCCUGGGGAACGCUGUUCCUGUGCACACCGGAACUGUUUCCCACCAAUCUCAGGAGUGUUGGUCUAGGCAUUGCAUCAUCGGCUUCUCGGAUUGGUGGGAUGCUGGCUCCGUUCGCCACAAUUGUGAUUGAUUACUACCCCUGGCUCCCCGGCACUAUUUACGGCAGCUGUUGUAUUGGCGUUGGCUUUCUCCUGUUUCUACUGGCGGAGACCGUGGACAAAGAGUUACCUCAAACAAUCGAGGAGAUCAACAGCUGGAAUAAGUAGGAGGGGACAGUAAAGCAGACACAUUAAAUAUUAUGUGAUGAUCGUUUC